GCGCGGGUGGUUCGCGUGCGGCGAAGCGAAAGGCGAGAGCGGCGCGGCGUUGUGGGGUUUGUUGACGGGCGGGUUGGUGCCUAGACGUCGCCGCCCUCCGUUCUGGGCGCCACCGGAGAGAGGAAGAGUCCGCGAGAGGCCGACGGGGGGAUGGCCGCGGAGACGAACGCCGGCAGCCAGCAAGGUCUGCUGAAAAAUGAAGCCAUUCCUGAAGGAGAAGAUGCGGUUGCCGCAAUUGAUGUAGAAGCGCUCUCUGAAGAAGAACAAGAAGAGCUUAGAAGAGAGCUUGCUAAGGUAGAAGAAGAAAUCCAGACUUUGUCACAAGUGUUAGCUGCCAAAGAGAAGCAUCUAGCUGAAAUAAAGAGGAAACUAGGCAUCACUUCACUGCAGGAACUGAAACAAAAUAUUUCUAAAGGAUGGCAAGAUGUAACUUCAACAAAUGCGUACAAGAAGACAUCAGAAACAUUGUCUCAGGCUGGACAGAAAGCAUCUGCUGCUUUCUCAACAGUGGGUACUGCCAUCACAAAAAAGCUGGAAGAUGUGAAAUUUUCCUUUCUUUUAAUGCUGCCAUUUAGUAUACGCUGUCUACAGCAUUCAAUUAGUAUGCCUGCUAUGAGAAAUUCUCCAACAUUCAAGUCAUUUGAAGAAAAAGUGGAAAACUUAAAGACUAAAGUUGGGGGAAAUAAGCCUGCUGGAGCUGACUUUGGAGAUGUCUUGAAUUCUGCUGCCAACGCCAGUGCCACAGAAGCUACUCCAAAGCAGACGGAAGAGGAGACUCAAUGAUUGCUCCACCUUUGCACUGUCCACUGCCAGAUGCUGCAAGCAAAUGCUGAAGUGCAUCACCUCUGCUGUUGUCCCCUCCAGUAUGUUCUUCUGUUUAGCACUUAGCUUUCCAAAUAUUUAAUAGUUUCUUGAGGUUCAGAGUAUUUUUGAAAUUGGAAAAUACACUUGCCUUUGUUAAUCUGCAGGACAGGAAUUGUUAUGUAUUUUGAGGAUUAGGUUUAAUUCCAGUCUAGGUAAUCACUAAAUUACUGCAUUACAAAAAAUUAAAAACCAAGCUGGAACAUUAUGCACAUGUGACAUUUACAUUAUGAACCAUCACUCAUGUCUGCUUUCACAGACAAACUUUGAAAGUCUUUGUCUAGCCAUUAAGUGGAUACUCCUAAUUGAUACUCUUUCACUAUAUUCUUUGGCCAAAUAAAUUGGCUUGGGUUUUGCAAUGGCUACUGUACCACUUUUUUUUUUUUUUUUUUGCAGUUUUCAAAGCUGAAGAAGGUAGCUUCCAAGCAUGUCAUCUGUGAUUUAUUGGUGUUUUCAAAAAAAUAUUUCUUUUGACAAAUCCCAGCCUGAGACACAUUUUUCCUUGGAGGUUACAGGCGAACUUAAUUCAGUUUUUGCCUUGUCUGUAGAAAGCUGCACAAGUAAAAUGAGCUUAUAGGCAUGAAGCAGAUGAUAAAUGUAAAAGCCUAAUAAAGCACAGUAGUGCUUUCAAAUCAUUCCAUGCUAUUAAAAGUGUUACAUGUUUAUUCCUCUCUUGAAUUUAAAUCAUGGGACAAUAUAUUCAUUCUCUCAAUGAUAAUUGGUUGAAGCUGUGGGCAGUUUGUACACUUAUGUAUGUGGAUUCUAGGAGUUUGCAUCUAAGAAAAGGCCUUCAGUGAAACAGGAGCCUAUCUAAAUUGAAAACCCUUGUUGAAGCUUGAGAAUAUAUUUAAAUAUUGUAAUCAUAGGUCAAUUUCAUGUAUAAAAUGUUAAUUAAAUUUGUUGCUCUAAAAAGAUUUGAUUUUGCAGAAGCAAAAUAUACUCCAACUUUAUUUGUUUAUUUUCUGGCACCUUAUAAAAUAAGUUUUGCAUAUGUUUUUGCUACUUUUAAUCACCAAGCUUAAACUGAACUAGAACACAUCCUUAAGAUACACCUUAACUUGGGCUUUGUCUUUAUAGCUGCACCAAAAUGGUUACACAUCAUAUAAAUCAACUUACGCUGUAUUUGACAGCUUUCUGUAGCAUUUCAGAUUUAAUCUGAAUACUUGAUUACAUAUACAAUAAAAUGCAUUGUAUUGCCAAAUACAAAAGGCUUCCUGAAUGUUUUCAAACAUGGUUUUAUAUUCCAUACAAUUCAUUGUAUGCAUAUUUACUUUGAAUUCAGUUGUGUAUUAGUUACCUUUAAAAUAUUAAUCCAGAUGUUUCACUUUCUAUUUUUACUUCUAAAUCUUUCAUUGGUUCCCAAAUGGGUCAUUUUUAGAAAACAAAGAACACUUUUGUUCAUAGAAAAGCAAUUAGAUAUUAUGGCAUUCUCAUUAAUCCAUUUUGUGUAUACUUAAUUCUCUGCAUAAUAUAUACAAUCAAAGGCUUUUCUGUAAACAGUAAUCCAAAGGGAAACUUUAUUUUUAAAAUAUAUUACUGGGUCUCCAUUAUUCAUUCAGUGUUAAUUGUAAUUCUUAACACACUGUGUAUUGUUCUCAGGAUCUGCUUCUUGUCAUGAUGUAAACUUGUUUUAGAGAGUUAAGUUGGCAGUUUUCUGAUUUUUUCAUAUAUUGGCUCAAACCUUUUUUUUCUUGCACAUGCAACUUUUAGUUUUUCUCUUGCUUCAUUAUGCCUCCUAGCCCUAUUCCAAUGCUCUUUCACCAGCUCCAUUGGGACCAAGUUCUUCUGGGUAUAGGUCUUUUUAACAAAGAGAAUCCCUUCUUAACUGU